GUGUGUGUUUGGCAACAAAAUUUCGAACAAAAUCAAUAAAACGGAAACGUGAGAGAGCGCUGCGCAAAAGAGAAAAGCAAACGCAAUCGACCAACGCAUAGAAGAAAACAAGCCGCCUGCCAGCCUGCCAUCCAGCCAAAGCUAAACCACAUUACGAAACACCUCACACUGAAAUUCAGCCACAUUCCUAUGUAAAGCUAAUAUGAGUUAAGAUCAAGAUGCGAGUCCAGGAUCUGCUGCUUACCAUCGCAUUAAUCAGCGCUUGUACGACGCUAACCGUUGCUUGCUCAUCACGUGCCAUCGCCAAGCCGCGGCCUACAGCUGCACCGAUCCUACCGCCGGAUAAUGUAGAGAUUACUACAACGCCAAGGCCAAAUGUCACCUUUCCGAUCUUCGCCUGUCCACCAACCUAUGCAGCCUGGUAUUGCCUAAACGAUGCCACCUGCUUUACGGUGGAGAUUCACAAUGAAAUGCUCUACAAUUGCGAGUGUGCCUUGGGAUUUAUGGGACCUAGAUGCGAGUACAAGGAGAUAGAUGGCUCUUACCUGCCCACCAGGAAUCGGGUUAUGUUGGAGAAGGCCAGUAUUGUAAGCGGAGCAACGUUGGCCCUUCUUUUAAUGGCCAUGUGCUGUGUGGUUUUGUACCUGCGACACGAGAAGCUACAGAAACAGAAGCUGAACGACAGCAGCGCUAUCACCUCGACCGAUGGUGGUGGCUGUCAGAACGAGGGGAUGGACGAGGUGGAUGGUUUGCGACCCUUGCGCCCAGUGAGACGUCCCUUUGGACCCUGCCGCAUCCUAUCGCUGGAGGAGGCUUACGUUCAGGCGCUAGCCCCCAAUCGCCCCAGGCACUGCAACUAACACUCCCGAUAACUAAAAAGCCAGGCUGCUUAUUUGUUUUUGAAUGUCUAACAUGUCCAACUGUUUAUUUUAACUUAUUAACGAAACCAUGAACUUGAGAUGGCUGAUGCCGUAGCUCUAAGUGCCUACUGACGUGCCUAUAAAAAUUUUAGACCAAGUAUUAACAAACAAAAACUGAUUGCUCAGAGAGAGAAAGAUAAAACGAAAUCUAGAUUUAACGCAAUGCAAUUUUGGCAGCUAGCCGCCCAUUUAUUUAUUAUACACCUAAUUCUAUUAAGAGAUCUUAAAACUAUUAACGUUAAUAAAAGCGAUGACUAAA